CUUAUACAUUAUACAGUGUAUAACAGAGCGUACACACAUGUAUAAAAAGAACAUGAAUAAUAUACAUAUUUUACUCCCGAGAUAGAGAUAAUUUCGAACGAACGGGAGCCUAAAUGGGACUAUCGCAUGACUGUCGGAGAAAACGAGAGAGGAUCUAAUAAGGGCGCGUAGAGGUGGAAGAAAAUAAUUUUCGCGAUAUCGCCAAGUCAAACGGAGCCCACAGUCGCGGUCGGCACCUUCGGGGAGAGGACCCAUACCUCCCGCAAAUUUUCAUGCGAGUGCGCUGCGAAAAAACAAAAAACCGACGGACAGUGCUCGAGCGAAGAAACUCCUCCCGUAAAAAAAAAUUAACAAUAAUGCACUAGAAGAAACUCGUUCGAAGCUGUCAAACUCUACGAAGAAGCUGAAUAUGUCUUCGACUCGUUAUCUCAUACUAUUUUCGACAAGAGAGUGAGAAAGAGAGAGAGUGAGAGAGGGAGAACGAAAUAGAGUGAGAGAGAAAGAGACAGCAAACUAGAACUUAAAAAAUUAGCGAGAACUUCCUCUGGGUUUCAGAGAGGAAUUAAAAAAAAAAAGCGUAUGCCAGGACGAUGUCGGGUCUACCAUGCUCGAGGACGGGUGCAUCCCUCGAAUGCUAAGUCCCCAUAAUAAUGGCAGAUAAUGUCCACAGAAAGUCGCACAAGCUGUCGUCCGAUGGUACCAGCAGGAAGGUCGCGAACCCGGUGCACCGCACCACCACGGAGACGAUCCGUCUCGGGGAGAUCGACAGGCCGCACCAGCCGGUCGGCCUGAUCAACGCGCAGGUGACAGGGGGUGGAGGAGGCGGUCAGUGCAACCGCAAGAAGACGUCCUCCUUCCAGAUCACCAGCGUCACCGUAGGCUGCCGCAUGAGCAAUGAUGCCGGCGAGGACUCGAACGACGACCUGGACGAGUCCCACACGGAGGACAACUCCGUGGAGCACUCCCGGAUUACGGACCUCGACCUGGAGACUCCGAGCUACAGCGAGGACACCUUCUCCAAGGAGGACGUCUUCUUCAACACCAGCAACGCGGCUCUCAGCACCGCCCCGGUGAUCCCCACCAGCUCCCAGUAUGGCCUGGCGAUUGUACCUUCUGAGGGAGGCAGCGUGAACAACUCAGUCAACGAUAGCAAUAUCAGUACCCUGGACAUCACCUCUGUCACGGACAACAACAUCAUCAAUUUGUUAUCCAGUAAUGUCAAGCAGGACUCGGACCUAAGAGAGGUCCACUCUCAUGGGAGGAACGAGAGAUUCAAGGUGGUAAAGAUUGAGAGCACAGAGCCUUUCAAGAGGGGACGGUGGACAUGCAUGGACUACCUGGAUCAUACUUCGGUCAAUCAGCCAACUGCGAUUGGUACUCCCAAAGUGUCCGAUCCCAACGAGGUGUGCAUAUCCUACGGAGUGACGGACAGCGGGAUUGUUGUACCAGAGGCUGCAAAGCAAUCUGUAGUGACUGACGAUAAGGGAAUUAGCAUCGAUGCUAAUGGACCGGUGUCCUCCCAUCCGGACAAAGUGCACAGCAACUCCGCACAGUCGGUUACAAGUGCGAAUUAUGCGGUGAACAACUCGAUAUCCCCCAAUGUACAGCAUAAUCCUGCGCAGAGUCAAGCCAAGCAACAACAGCAGCCACCUGCGCAGCAGAUUCCCCAAUACUUUCCAGCCCAGACCCAGCCGAUAGUCACCCAGCAGCAGCAACAACCACCGCCGCAGGCUGGUCAAGGGUCCACGUUACCUUCCAGCCUGCAGGCUACUCAUCCCAGUAACCUGGGGCAGAGUAUCCCUAUCAUAACUCAGACUAGUAAUAGCGCAGUGACCUCCCAGCAAAAUAUACCUCAUUCAAAUGAGGAAACCUAUGUGACGGUGAGCGCCCAGAAUCAAUCCUUGCCGGUGCAGAGUAUCUGUCAACCUACCACGGUUCCUCCGACCUCCCAGACGCCAAACAUCCUCGUCACGCAGCAUCAGACAUCGGAGGCAGCUGCCAGUGGCUGUCAGCAGCCCCUGCAGACGCAGAAACCGCAGAUCGCCCAGAUCACCGAGCCGCUUACUGCCAUACAGGGAAUCCAGGGCAUGCAGAAUAUUCAUAAAGUUCCUCAGACGGCGCAGCAGGCCUCGUCGACGAUUCAUCCUGCUGGUGCAACCCAAGUGAUUGCGCCCACGAGCCAGCAAAUACCACCCCAGACGUCCAACAGCACCGCUCCAGUGCAGAUCACCCAGGUGACGACGGGCUGUCAGAAUGUUGUCAGCGGACAGCUGCAACAAGGGAAUAUUGCAUUUCAUCAAUCCGAUCCGGAGCAGGAAUCUAUCUCUGGUAUCGUUGCUAAUGCUGCUACUAUACAGUCUGCAGACGCGACUCUUCUGGAAUCCUCAUUGGCUGAAGUCACACAGGGCAGCGAUGAACAUCGUACCCUUGAGGAUAAUGAAAGUAUGUCAGGGACAAGCGCUGUGGCAAUUGAUAACAAGAUCGAACAAGCUAUGGAUCUGGUGAAGAGUCAUUUAAUGUUCGCGGUACGUGAAGAAGUGGAGGUGCUGAAAGAAAAAAUAGCGGAACUUAUGGAUCGCAUCAAUCAAUUGGAGGCGGAAAAUUCGAUAUUAAAAGCGCACGCAACUCCAGAAACUUUGGCCCAAUUAAGCCAAGCGACAGCAAAAUUACCCCAAAACAGUUCAGGAAGUGGUCAAUAGGUAACCAUACAUUGUACAUAAGUUUCUAUCUCUCUCUCGAUACUUUUGUCAAGUAAAUAAUUGAUAAUAUAA